AUGAAUUGGAACUCGCCAAUGGAAGUUCACUACCAAAAUCAUGCUGUGCCUUAUAAUUCAAUAGGGAGCUCUGUGGAUUUUUUUGGAGGUCUUACUUAUGACCAUGUAAAUUUCAUUUUCGCCGAUGCUCCUUAUGCUCAGGAGAGUUCUUACUAUGCGACGAAUACUAAUUUAUACAAAUUUGCGGUAACUGAACUUGAAAGUUCCCCUCACUAUGAAUGUGCGCAUGGCUAUGUGGUCAACGAUCAUAUCCAAGGGAUUGAUGAAUAUAGCAGGCAUUUGGAGAGCCUGCCGGUGCCAGCUGAUGAUCAAGCUACAGCUGCACUCGUACAUGAGGAAGAAAAUUUGAACUCCUUUUCGUCUUUAGAGUGUCCUGGGAAUGAACAGAACACUCAUGACUAUGAGGUUGUUUGGGAGGACAACAUCGAUCCUGACAACAUGAGUUAUGAGGAGCUACUUGAGCUGGGCGAGGCAGUUGGAACUCAAAGCAGAGGUCUUUCUGAGGAUCUCAUUGCGUUGCUUCCAAUUUCAAAGUUUAAGCGUGGUUUAUUUUCAAGAAAGAAAUUCAAAGGAGAAAGGUGCGUAGUUUGCCAGAUGGAGUACAACCGAGGUGAUAGGCAGAUGACUCUUCCAUGCAAACAUGUCUACCAUGCUGCUUGUGGCAGUAGAUGGCUUAGCAUCAACAAGGCUUGCCCAAUUUGUUACAAGGAGGUGGCUAUUAAUGUACCCAAGAACUAG